CUGAAAAGCAGCAGUGGACUCUCCAAGUGGGCGGCUUUGUUUGUAGAUGAAAGUAGGAAUAACGUGAUUUAGUGCUUCUUCUUGGCUCUGGGUGACUUAUUUUCACUCUCCGCCUGUUUUACCGGAAAUGCAGCAGACCAGCUGGAGACUUCCCACACCAACUAGUUCAACUUGCAGGAUAUGAAGAGAUAUCUCAAACAUCUAAUCUGAUAUCUGGGACCGCCUGCAAUCAUCGUCAGGAUGCUCUUUUCCCCUGAGGACAAUGUUUCUGAGCAGAGGAGCAACCCGGAGUAAAGAAAACCUGAAGCAAUAAAACAUUUAGAGAGAAAUCAAACCAGUUUCUGACUAUGUGAAUGGACGAGUUGUGAAGUCUGAAGUGUCUGUCUGCUUCUAGACCUCUGCAGUGUUUUUGUACUUAAGUAUGUAAAGGGUGAAUCUACAUCAACAGACCACCUGCGUUUUGCAAGUGUGAAGAAAAAGCAGCUGGAAGCAAGGAGGUGAACAGACUGUGAAGCUCGGUGGUCUGCAGGAUCGACCCCUGAAGAUGCUCCAGACCAGUAACUACUCUCUGGUGCUGCUGAUCCAGCUGACACUGUUGACCUAUGACCUCUUCGUCAACUCCUUCAGUGAACUCCUGAGAGGAGCGCCUGUCAUCCAACUAGUGCUUUUCAUCAUCCAGGACAUCGCCAUCCUGUUCAACGUGAUCAUCAUUCUGCUGAUGAUGUUCAACACCUACGUGUUCCAGGUCGGCCUGGUGUCCCUGCUGCUGGAGAGAUUCAGGGCUCUGCUGAUGUUCUCUGCUCUUUAUCUGACCCUCAGCAUCUGCUUCCACUGCUGGGUGCUGAACCUCAGAUGGCUCGAGUCAAACCGGUUUGUUUGGACAGAUGGUCUUCAAGCUCUUUUUGUUUUCCAGAGAACAGCUGCAGUUUUGUAUUACUACUUAUACAAACGCACAGCAGAGUAUAUGGGAGACCCGAGGCUGUAUGAGGACUCUCUGUGGCUGCGAGACGCCUUUGCCAGAGCUCGUCAGUGAAGAGGGGACAGUUUUGUGGACAUCAUCAUCAUCAGCUAUUGUGAAUUUGGGAUUUUAUUUUCACAUUUAAAAAAAAAAAGUUUACACUAUUCAACAUUUAGGACAAAGCAUUUGGCUGAUGUUGAACACUGGUGGAACUCACUAACAGGUAAAGAGGAUGACGAGAAGUCUCAACCACAGUUUUGUGUUUACUGGCUUCUGGUAGCCAAGAGGGCAGGCAGUUAAAUGGUUUACAGUGGUAGGUAAGCCAACCAUGGCAUGUGUAGUAUUGUAUUAAUCAGGCUUGUGUCUGUUAAUCUAUGUGGCCUUUGUAAAUCAAUUUGUGUUGCACACUGAAUGAAAGAAUGUCAAACGUUUAGAGAAGGACAGUUGUAGAUGCAGGUAUCACCUCCCUUGGCAAGUCUGUUUUGAUCUGUACUAAUCUACCAUUUGUAGAACACAUAGUAGUAGCUCCGCUGGAAAAGGUAUUUUAUUCCCCCACAAAGGAAGAAGCCUGUUGGUUUUGCCUUAUGUAAGGUAAGUAUGUGCUGUGUACACCAGCCAAUUUAUAUGUGAAUCCAGUUGUCUUUGAGUGGGGAUCUUUUAAUCGUGUUCCUGCUGUUUUUAUUAAAUCCUUCUCUAAUCCUGGUGUAAUCCUUCAUCACUGGAGUAGUCAGUAUUAUCCUGGAGACAAGGUGAAACAGACUGCUCUAUUUUUAACACAAAGAUUAAUCAGGGAUUGAGGUUUUAGGCGCAACUAGUGAAACGCAUCUUAAAUAACCUUCUAAUCUCAAGCAACCAACAGGUUAAGUUGCAGUGAACUUCUGGUCUCAUCUCAUUAAA